GAAUUCCUUAAUUGCCUUUAUUAUAUUUUUUUUAUUUUUAAAGCGAAAUUACCAAAAAUGAGUGGUGAUGAAAUAAAGAAUUCCCGCUUAAAUAGAGCUAGUCUUAUAUAUCCAAAACCUUUGCCUGAAAUAAAGUUAGGCCCGGUUAUGGAUGGUAUAGGAUUCACGCUGAGCGAGAGAUUAGCUUUGAGACGGGCAUGGAAUUUAAUCCGACCAUUUUCGCGUCGUUACGGUCAGGAUGUGUUUUACACAUUCCUAAAUAAGGAAUUUUGGGGUAUUAAAAAGUUCGGUAACGGUACGGAGCUGGAUUUGAAGACUUUACACCAGCAUGCGUUGAAGUUCGUACGCUUCAUUGGAGUCCUGAUCGACGAGCAGGAUCCAAUAAUGUAUCAGCUAAUGAUCAGCGAUAAUAAUGUGACUCACAGUCGCUGUAAAGUGGGUUCCCUGUAUAUUGGGAAGCUGGCCAAGGCUUUGGUGGACUAUUUGCUGCAUGCAUUAGAGAAAGUCAGCUCCCCCACGCUGGAGCGAGGCUUCAACAAACUUGUGGAGAAGUUCGAGGCCUACCAGGACAACCAAAGGAAGGCCAGCACCUACGGUCGCCUGAGUACGUUUCACUAGCAACUAUU